GCGCGGUGCAAACGUUUGCCUCCGAAUCACAAUAUCCGCCUAUUUAUGAAAGGUAUAUCAGUUUUGUCGCGAGUAAGCGGUACGGAGCACCAGCAAAUAUGCCGCUUUCUUCUGGGCCUAAUCAUCGACAUCCAUUUGCCUGAUGGGGCAUCCCCUGUUAGACUGAUUCGCACAGUUCGAGGCCUCCUCGACUUCUUAUAUCUCGCGCAGUACCCAUGUCAUUCGGAUCUGACAUUAGAGCAUCUGAGUGGUGCACUCAACCGAUUUCAUGACAACAAGUCUAUCUUCGUGGAUCUAGGUAUCCGAUCAUCAUUCAACCUCCCAAAGCUCCAUUCUUUCCGACACUACGUUACGAUGAUUCGAAUGUUCGGAACCACUGACAAUUAUAACACUGAAUAUACAGAACAACUUCACAUUGAUCUAGCGAAGGAUGCAUACCGCGCGACAAAUCACAAGGACGAAUACAUGCAAAUGACCCUCUGGCUCGAGCGACGAGAGAAGAUGCUGUGGCACGAUAAAUUUAUUCAAUGGCGUCUACACAAUGGUGCUGCCCCAGCUCAUGUCCCUCAAUCGCGUCAUCCCCUACCCCACUCCGACCUUGUAUAUCUGCGACAAUCGAAGCUAACAAAAAACCCAUCUGUUAAACGGGUGACGUUUGCGUCCCUAGCUGAGCAGUAUGGUGCUGUACAUUUUCAAGCUGCUGUGGCUCGUUUCGUCGUGCAAGUGACACAGCCUGAUUUGACUGUGAGGCAGUCUGAAGAGGCUGCCUGCCAUGUCAAUCUACCAUUCCAGUCAGUUGCGGUAUUCCACAAGGUCCGCUAUAGUACUGUGGGUGAUGAUGGCAUGCUAAACAAUGUCACUGUUGAUGCAAUCCAUGCGAGACCUGCCCGACGUGACUGCCACAACAGGAAAGUUCCAGCGAGGUUUGAUACUGCACUUGUAAAUCUGGGCAAUGGCAGAAAAAUGGGUGUUGAAGGAUAUCGUGUUGCGCAAGUUCACGUGGUCUUCUCACUGUCGGCCAAUGUCAAACAUGCACUGUUUGGCAAUGUCAAUGUGCCUGACCACCUUGCUUACGUCGAAUGGUUCACGCCGUUCACUGCACCAGACAUUAACCAUGGAAUGUAUAAGGUUUCACGCACACUUUAUGAUGGUGACAGGCAAUCCAGCAUUGUCCCUAUUUGCAAUGUUCGACGGUCCAUUCACUUAAUACCCAAGUUCAGGACAGUAGCUCCAUGUGAAUGGACUACGAGCAACAUAUUAGACCGGUGUAGCACUUUUUUUGUAAACAACUUCACUGACCGAGAUGCAUAUGUAACUGUAUUCUAG